AUGCUUCGAUUUCGCUUCGAGGCUUUUGGAAGGCGCAUUAUUAAUAUCAAUAAGUUCCAUGAAGGGAUUUAUUCAGACUUGCGUAAUCUCCGAAGCGGCGAUGGAUCCGUGUGCGAGCAGCCCCGCAGCCCUUUCCUACAAGUGCUUCAUGCGUACAAUGCGGUCAACACUCGGAAGCAGCAAAAGGUAUUCAAGUGGGACCACACCCCUCACGAUCGCCUCUUUCUUGCUCAGCUCGACCGAGACCUCGAGAGACAGACCAAAGGACUCGAGACGGUCAGUGUGCCGGUUGCCGAACCAGCGCUGAGCUUCACAUGGGAUGCGAGCAAGAGUCUGCUUGAGCAGCUUGGAUACGAAAAGACCCGAGCUGCCGUCACGAAUGUCAAAGAUCACGUGGUUCAGAAAGCAAAGUCUUCUUCACGCCGAGUAGCUGCCAACAAAUCAAUGACUCACGCCGGACUUCAUGGUCUCGUUCUAGGAGUCUACAACACGCCAGCAUUUGCGCUGAGCGCAAUCGGCGCGAACAAGUAA